GAAGACACUGUAUUCCUCCAGCUGACUCACCCUGACUACACGUUACUCUGUGACUACUGCCAGCCUGCUACUCCUACAGCUGAAUCCUACUAACCCACAGGGGGCACCCGCCACCCUCCCUGAGCCGGGCGUAUACUGUCUCAUCCCAGGUCCCUAACACCUUGGCACAGUCUGGAGAUGCUGUGUGACAACCUGAGCUUCUUCUACUUUGUCUCCUGAAGCAUCAUGUGCAUGGCAAACUAGAGAUCGCUGCAAAUUCUGCGCCGUGCCAGGGUGCCAAGGCUGUGAACAUUAACCCUUACCCUGGAGGGAGCGGCAUCCCCUUCUUCAUCGUUGGCAUCGUCGCUGGCUGAGGUGAUCAUAAGUUUAACCUUUGGGGAAGUAUGGCGCUGACCUCCUGGUUUCGGUGGAAUGAGACCAACCUGAGACUUUCCCAGAGAAACCCCGCCGACAUGGUGGUGGAGACCUUGAUGAUGGAGCUGAGCUGGCAAAUGAAACAAGCCGAGAAACAGCAGCGAGAGAAGGAGAACGAAUACAGGAAGAUUAAGACUGGGGUGGACUACAGCUGGCUGGUUAGUUACCCCAAGCAUAGCUACGACAUCAGCCCCAUGGAGAGGCUACAGCUGGAGGACUGCUGCAGCACAAUCCAUCCAUCCUACUGCGGACCAGUCAUCCUCAGAUUUCGGCAGAUGGUCGCAGAGUAUGAACCAGAUGUGCAGGAGGUGCCCCGUCUCUUUCGGGCAGUUCUUCAAGAAGCUUCUGAGAAAAUGAAAGAAGAGGAGGAUGCAAAGAAACUUGCCAGGCAGUGGAAUACAAAGAGAGCCAUGAGCUUGUCCCUCACCACCUUCAAGUCCCGAGCCAGGAUCUACCCAUUCACGAGUGACAUUAAGACCAUUUCGGAGGAUGUAGAACGAGAAGUCGAGCCCAAUCGCAGAGUCUGGAGCAUGCCAGAGUUCCGAAACAACAAAGAUGACUAGAGAACGAAUGACAAUAGGGAGACUACCGGGGACAAUUUGGCCUUUGUAUUUUGCACUUAAUGAAAAUAAGUCCUACAUUUUUAUAGACAAUAUAGAAAGUGUUUGGUUAAUGUUAUACUUUCAGGACGGCCAUUAUAUUGAAAACUGAUCAAGGCGUAAUCUUGUAGACUUGCAGAAUAUGGCUUUUUAGCAUUAAAGAAAAACACCAGAGUUCUUUGUAAAAGUCACCUUAUCAUGUUUUUGUUGUCUAAAAAGGGCUUAAAGGAGUACUCUAUCAAAAAUGUACUUAUCCCUCAUCCAGCAUAGGGGAUAAGUAGCUGAUCGUGGGGGAUUUGACCGCUGGGGCCCCCCUGCAUCUCCAGGAUGGGACAAUGGCGCUUUCAGUGAGGAGCUUGUGUCGUCUACUGGUAGACGUCACACACUCAUGGGGAGAUUCAUCAAAAUCUGUGCAGAGGAAGAGUGGUGUAG